AUGUGCAUGGACCUCAACUCGAGGACCAUCUACCAAGUGCUCCAAGACUUCAAGAAGCACAGGCUGGUUUCCAACGAGCCAACCUCAAGCUCUCACAGAUUGAAACAGAAGCUAAACUUUGACGAUGCAAGGAUCACAAUGUGCAUGGACCUCAACUCGAGGACCAUCUACCAAGUGCUCCAAGACUUCAAGAAGAACAGGCUGGUUUCCAACGAGCCAACCUCAAGCUCUCACAGAUUGAAACAGAAGCUAAACUUUGACGAUGCAAGGUUCAUUAGAUGUGCAAUUGAGCAGAAGCCAGAUAUUUAUCUGGAUGAACUCCGUUCCUUGGUUCGGUGUUGUGGAAUUGAUGAAUUGUGA